UUUUAUUCUUUUUUUUUUUUUAACACGUCAUAUUUUUUUAUAUUUAAAAACACGAGUAGACUGAAGAUAGUGUGGUAGACAUAAUGAAUCUUUACAUUAAAAACCUUGAACCCCACAUCACCAACAGUGACCUCACACAACUGUUCCGAAAGUUUGGCCGAAUCAUCUCGGCAAGAGUCAUGACGAAUCCUCAAACGGGUCAGUCGAAAGGCUAUGGAUUUGUAAGUUUCGGAAAGACAGAAGAAGCCGCUGCUGCUUUACACGAAAUGGACGGUGUCAUGUUGGGUAACAGACCAUUGGUUGUAGCCUAUCAUGAACCCCGUAAGCCUAGACCUACUACCAACAACACCAAUAACACCACCACUACGACUAAUUAUCAAGACUCAUAUUACCACCAAAGACAAAUGCCACCCGCUACAGCAAUUAAUGGAUUAGGUAUUGAUAAUGUGGAAGAAUUAGGCAUGAACUUAAAGGACCUAUCCAUCGGUCAUAAACCUUCCAUGACAACCAUUAAUUUACCUCCACGAAAAGAUCCCGUGAUGACAACAACAACAACAACGGGCAACGGUGGUGGCAUGAUGAAACUUUCUUCGUCUCCCAUGUCAGGUACAACCAGUACAGGACGGUCAUUAGCUUCUUUAGCUUCCGGUAUGAGUGUUUCUGCUCCACCUCCACAUCCCUAUCCACAACAACAACAACAUCAUCAUGUGUACACACCUCCACAACCACCACCGGUCGUCAAUUUAGGUCAUAACGGUAAACCUAGUUUACGUCGAAGAGGAUCAUUAGAAUCCGUCAUGACCGAAAGUAGUGCCACUAUCCAACGAACAAAAUUACACGAUGCGGUGAGGACAUGUGGUGAUUAUGGAAAGGCCACAGAAGAUAUUGUGGAUAUGCUUUUAACUUUGAAACGAAAGGAACGUUCCCUCUGUUUAUUUAAUCCCGAUUUCCUCAAGGACAAGGUGAAUUUGGCUCUGGAAGCUUUAGCUACUUGUAAUGAAUCAGAGAGUGAUGAUGAGGAUGAGGACGAUGAAGACGACGAUGAUGUGGAUGGUCUCGACAUGGAAUACACCAUGAGAAAUAGAAUGGCCGCUGCUGCCAAUAUGAAGAAACCACUAUCGCCACCUUUAUCACAACCAGUUUAUUCCACACCUACCACUCCAACCAAUAUGAAGCGUGAAUCUAAAGCUAUACCCAUCGUCGCUCCACCUACCCCCAAAAAAUCAUCUCUUCCUGUCGAGCAACAGCAACAACAGCCGGUCAAGAAUAAGGAUGUGGAGGCCCUCUUGCUUUCAUUUGAAGGUAAGCCAGUGCAUGAAAAAAAGCAACUCCUCGGCGACAAAUUAUUCCCGCUUGUCAAGUCCACGGGUACAAGACAAGCUCCCAAAGUCACCAUCUAUUUACUGGAUACCGUGGACUUGCACGAUUUAGCAAAAAUCAUGUUUGAUACCCAAUUAUUAAAAAUGCGUGUAGAAGAAGCCUUUCUCUCCUUACAACAAUAACCUCUGUCUCUCCUCCCCCUCCUCACAAAUCCCACUCUCUCCUCACAAAA